GGGUCACAAUCCUGAAUAGACACGCGUAUACUUUCACUCCGCUGCGCUCACACACACACACAUACACACUCCUGGUGCUCACACCCUCUCUUGUGGUCUCUUCCAGCAGUUUGGAGUAGUUUCAGGGGCACGGAGGGGAGCAGCAGCUUCCACCACAGAGAAACAAAGACAAAAAAACGUAAGAGGACAGCUCAGCGACAACUCCAACAAGCAGACAUGAAGGACAAAAUGAAGAGAGGAGGAGGAGGAGGAAGAAAUCAGGCAAAGACUGAUACAAUCACCUUGACUUGUGGAAAAGGGGAUAUCGGUGUGAAGGAAGAUGAGGACACAUUCUCGGUGAAGAUUCAGGGUGCAGGAGUAGAGCCAUUUGAGCUGCAGGUCCAUGCAUUUUGGCUGGUUCAAGAUGCAGUGAUGGCGCUCCUUUCCAGAGAGGAGGUGUGUCCGCGCUCCAACCUCUCAUUGGCACAUGCUGGCGCAAUUUUGGACCCGCUCACAGAACUGCAAAGCCUGAAGGGGCUUAAACCAGGAUCCAUCCUCCGCCUGGUUGAAGAGCCGUACUCUGCCCGCUCAGCCAGGGUUCACCUUGGUCGCGUGGUGGAGCUACUGAGGGCAUCCGGACCUCAGGACGCACUGAAAGAGGGACGCUCGCCCAGUGUGCUGGAGACACUCACGCACACACACACCCCAGAGUCUGGAUUAACUAAUGGAAAGAGCUUGAAGCGCUCGUCAAGCAACACAAAAACGGAGCCAGCCAAUCAGGAUGGAGCUCCUCCCGAGUACCUCCUCCCUGGAUCACCAGAGAGACCACUGAUGGCACUGCUACCACAUAGCUCCCAGCCAGAGGCUUCCAGCUAUCUGAGGGACAUGUCUCUCAGUUGCUGGAAUCCGCCCCCCGGACACAGGAAGCUGCAGGGCGACUUCCUAUACAUCACCGUGGUGACGAUGGAAGGGCGUCGGUGUGACAUCACGUCGUGCCCAAAAGGUUUCUACAUCAACAGGUCGACAGAAGAAGUGUUUGAUCCUCGUCCCGCCCAGUCUUCCCCAGUUUGUCACUGUUUCACUGAACUGCUCUGUCACAUCAGCCCUACCUUCAAACAGACCCUCACUGUCAAAAACAGGUCUCAGCAGUCUCCAUCAGAGGUGAUGCCCACUCCAUACCGCACCCUGAGUUGGCUGGGACCCUCCUGUGCCACUCGCACACACAAAAACUCCUUCAGCAGGCUGGGUCUGGAUGAGCAGGCAGCAACACAGGGUCCAGACUGGAAUGAGGAGUUGCAAGCAGCCAGAGAUCUUCCACAGGGGAGUCUGGAGGAGAGGCUGCACAGAGACAGAGCCCUGCUCCAGGUGAACAGUGCAUUUGUGUGGGCCGUGGCUCAGGGGGCAGAGACAGUCAUGGAUGGCUUUGUGGAGCCCGUGAAUGGAAACCCUGAAGACCCUGCUUUCCUGUGCAGCGGUCUGUUCAUGAGCCAGGGGGCAGGAGGUGCAGUGCUCGGCGGGGAAAGGGGUCGCAGGGCUGCUCAGAGGCUAGAGCUGAGAGGAGUACAAGCUUACAGUGACCUAGAGGGAGCGCUUCAGGGGCUACACACCCUCCCGACAGCCAUUGUAGACUACAGGGGAGUGCGUCUGUCUGCCCAGGGUCUGGCUCCUGGCUUGGAAAGCUCAGAGCAGGACCAGGGAGCCUCUACUGCCUCGAGGGGUUUACUGUACGGGGUGAAUGCAGGGCCCCAGGAGUCGGCCCAUCGCAGACAGCUCUUGCAGCUCCUAGCCCAGUCUGCCAAAGCUCUCGCUCUUCAGAGGCAUGCUGUCAUGGCACCCAAUGGUCACCAGGUACCGCUGUUCACCUCAGUGGACGCCCAGGGACUGCUUGGGGCGGAUGGGAGGUUCUACCUGCUGGACCUGUUCAGAAGCUGUCCAGCUGAUGCCAACUACUGCCCUGACGUGCAGACAGAGAGUGAAAAAGUCCCUGAAGAAGUGGAGGAAAAAAACAGCCAUAAAGAGGAGGAUGAGAAGACGAGUUGUGUAAGACCGGAGGGCUGGCCAGAGAACUACCACUCUGAGUCAGGGCUGCCGAGAAGGUUUCCCCAUGGCCUCUGUAGACUGAGGCCAGAGCUGAUGCAGGCUUUCAUCCAACACAAACAUUCCCAGUUUACCCAACGUGUCAGGGAGAGGAUGGAGGAAGACGGAGGCUUUGCAGAAUGUGCCACAGCAGGUGACGCUCGAAGCCUUAAUUCAGUACGAGGAGCUUGUAAAGAUGUGGGCUCAGUUAGCGACAUCAUCUUUGAGAUGCGCUUCAACCCAAACAUCUUCUCGCCAGGAGUGUCCUUCCCUAGCUGUGAUAAUGAGGCAACCAAGCUGCAGGAGAGGUUAUUGCGUGAAGCUGCAGCUUUAAUCAUCACACACCAGAUACCAGCUUUUGUGGAGUACUGCCUGCAGGGCAGUGAGGUGCCCAUGGAUGGAGCCACACUGAAACAGGCGCUGCACCAGAGAGGCAUCAACAUGCGGUAUCUGGGUCAUGUGAUCAAGGUCAUCAGCCAGUCAGAACACAGGGAGCGCCUGAGGCAUAUAACGAGGCUGGUCAUUGGUGAAAUUGUGGUGCGCUCGACGCGGAGAAUAUUCAGCAGCUUCGUCCAGGGUGUGGAGGUGUCUAGUCUCUCUGCGGCCGUCAGUCACUUCCUUUGUUGCCUGUUGGUUCCCCACUUCAGCUCCGCCCCUGUAGGGGAGGAGACAAAGAAGAAGUCAAGGCGGCGUGGCCGAGGGGCCGGGGCGUCUGAAAGCAUGCCCUGGAGCACGCUCACUGGAGCUGAGCUGUGGGGCCUGGUCUGCCAGGAUGCUGCUGAGACAUAUGACGUCUCUGACAGCCUUGGCUCUGGUCCAAACCACCUGGUGGAGCACUACGGGCUGCAGAAGCUGUCUCUGCUCAGAGAGUUCUGUCUGAAGACUGGCGUUCAGUUGAGGCUGAGAGACUACUCGCUCGACAACCACAGCAAAGCUCCCAUCAGCCCUGAUGACAUCCUCAACAUCUUCCCUGUUGUCAAGCACAUCCACAUGCCAGUUUCGGAUGCUUCCAAAGCAUACCGAGCUGCGCAAAUCUUUGUUCAGAAAGGUAUGUUGGAUCAGGCGCACGAGCGUCUAAAAGAAGCAGCCUACUUGUUUGGUAGGGUGUGUGAUGACCUGCACCCCGAGGCCUGUCACUGCCACAGCCUGCUGGCCAAGGUGGCCUUCCUGCAGGGGCAGGCAGCAGAGGCUCGCAGUGUCCAACUGAAAGCAGUGGUCAUCAGUGAGAGAGUGCUUGGUUUUGACCACCCCAACACUAUCCAGCAAUAUGCCCUUCUGGCUGUGUAUGCGUACGCUGGAGGGGAGAGUGCCCUGGCCCAGAAGACUCUCCUCAGGGCUCGUCUGCUAAUGCUAGCGGUCCACGGAGAAGAUCAUCCUUUCACUGCCACAGUGGAUAGCUGUCUUGGCUUGGUGCUGACAGGAGAACAGGCAGAGCAGUUCCUUAGGAGUGCACUCAGACUCAACACUUCCUUCUUUGGCUCCAAAGAUCUGCGUACAGCGCUCAAUCAGCACCUGCUGUCCCAGUGGAUGUGCAGUAAGGGUGACUACCGAUCUGCCAUGAACCAUGAGAAAGAAGCCCUUGCUGCUUUCACCUUCAUGUUUGGUGAAGAUCACCCCCAGGCACGCUGCAGCUCAGAGUUCCUGCGCACCAUUACCCAGCAGGCAGUGCGGGUGGAACGCUCUCUCAGACAGGCUGCAGCAGACUGUACAGAGCAAACAGUUGAGUGUCUCACUCCAUCCACUGAAACAGUCCUGGAGCAGCUGGUGCUGGUCACAGGGAUCAGGAAGCAGACACACAGUGACAGGCUCCAAGAGUUUAAACAGCGACUACUGGAGCAGAGGGCAAAGGAGGAAAGAGAAGGAGCAACUAAAGUAGCAGAAGAGCCUGUUGCCUCAGCCACUCAGAAUGGUGAAGAAACAAGCUCGGACAAGGAAACAGGAUGCGAGAAGGAACCUGAAGAGGGAGGAAGCCCAGCUGAGGAGAAGGCAGACAGUGUUCAAGAUGACCAGUGUCAGCAGACUUCGGUGGAGAGUGCUGCUGUAGCACAGGUUAAUGGCCAUGUUGAGGAGCCAGAUGAACAAAACCCAAAUGAAGAGAAAAUAGUAACAGAAGGAGACAGUGAGCAUAGUGACAGACCAGCCUCAGAUGCUGAGAGCAAAGUAAUAGUGAAUGGGGAGGUAGAAGUUAAGGCCACAGGAGAGGAAACUGAGACCCACACAGUAAAUGAAGAGAGCAGGACAGAAAACGGAGAGGUGAAAUCUGAGGGAACAGACACUCAGACGAAGUCAGACUCAGAUGAGGUUAAUGGGUUUAUAAAUGGAGUGCUGGAGAUCACUGCUGACCCAUCAGAGCUCAAGAGUAGAGAGGCCUCGGCAGAUGUCGUGGUUUCUAAAGCUGUCAUAGCAAAUGGAACAGGAGAGAGAGACGCAGAAGUCAAUGGAGUUGCAGAGGGCGGCGCAAUAACGAAUGGAAGAGCUGAGGAAUGAAAUUAAUCCAAUCAGAACAGUGUUGUAGUGAGCUUUCCUCAAGUCACUGCUGUAGGACCAAACUGCCCUUGUUCCUUCAUUUAUUCCUCAUCAGAUAAGAGUGUGGAGCAAAAGAGAGAUAAUUUGAUCCACUGAGCACGGAGGCGAGAAGUAGAGAAGGCAGAGUGAGGGGAUGAGAAUUACUUGGUGUUGGAGAGAUUAUUACUGAUACUGGGAGAGGGGCUAUCCUGUUGAGAGCUACUUUUUCAAUAAUAAACUUUUUACUCUGUUAAACGAAGUAUGUGCUUCUUCC